UUGGCGGAUCGCGGAGCGCAUUUAAGUGGCGAGACGCGUUUUCCGGGGAGGCGAUUUCGUCUGGGAAAAGUCGUACAAAACAGUGCUCGAGUAGUCAAUUGUUUUUUCUCUUAAAAGUUCUAUUAGAGGGUUUUCGGUUUUCCAUUAAGAACAUGGAAACCCUGAACUACGGAAAGGCGAUCCUGCGUGAGGUGAUGUCCCGCGUAAUGCCCAAACAGUUUUUGGUGGGGAACCGUUUGGCCAACAUGCCCAUCUCCGAGUUUCGCAAGAAGAAGCUCCUCUACGUCUUCAACGUGUUUUUCGAUGUGAAUCAGAGCGGUACGAUAGAUCGCAAGGACUUCGAGUUGGCCAUAGAGAAAAUUUGCACCCUAAGGGGCUGGCCGCAGGGGAGCGAGGAGUACAAGAGAACGUACGACAGCAUGAUCCAGAUAUGGGAGGGACUGAGACAGAAGGCCGACUCCAAUAAGGACGGACAAGUGAGCGUGGAGGAGUGGGCCACCAUGUGGGACGACUACUCCAAGAACCCGGAAAACGCCCUGGAGUGGCAGAACCAGUACCGGAAGUUCAUGUUCGACCUGGAGGACGCGAGCGGGGACGGCGGUAUCGAUAUCGACGAGUUCACCGCGGUCUGUUCCUGUUACGGUUUGGAAACUGGAGAGUGCCGGGAGGCUUUCGAGAAAAUGGCCGGGGGCAGGAACCUGGUCGACUAUCAACAGUUCCAGGCGCUCUGGCAGCAGUUUUUCAUGUCCGAGGACCAGUCCGAACCCGGAAACUUCAUCUUCGGCAAGACCAAGUUUUAGUGUGUAUGUAUGCUCGCAUAUCUUAUUAUGUAUUAUAGCCCAUAUUAUAUUCUGUAUACAAUAAUUAUUAUUACUAUAAUAUUAUGUAUGUAUGAUAGUCAAUUAUUCAUGAGUCAAUAAAGGAAAAACUGAUAA